GAGAGGAAUUAGAGUGGUUUGAGCCUCAGACCUGAAAGACACGCCCGUUUGCCCGGGUCCUUGGACAGUCCCGAUCCAGUUAUCUGCCAAGGAGUGCUGGGAAGCUACUGAUCUCUCCACUCUCAGGUCACCCGCCCGUGGCAGAUCAUUUGUGCAGCACCAAGGUGCGUGCAUCCAUUUCUCUGUGCUCCACACAGGGAGAAAGCCGGCAACAUUUCUUACCUCGGGACUUGUAGGAUUAUAACGGGGAAGGUGCAAACAUGGGAGCUGGAGCAAGUGCUGAGGACAAGCGGUCUAAAGAGCUGGAGAAACAGCUCCAGGAGGAGGCUGACAAGGAGUCCAAGACCGUGAAGCUACUUCUGCUGGGUGCUGGUGAGUCUGGGAAGAGCACUAUCGUAAAGCAGAUGAAAAUUCUCCAUCAGGGUGGUUAUACAAAAGAGGAACAAUUGGAGUUCAGGGCUGUCAUCUAUGGCAACAUCCUGCAGUCUGUCCUGGCCAUUGUCAGAGGAAUGGAGAUGUUGGAUAUCAAUUUUGGCGCACCAGGAGGACAGGAGGAUGCCCAGAAGUUGCAGAACUUGUCAGACUCCACUGAGGAAGGCACCAUGCCCCCUGAGCUGUCAGAUGUCAUCAAGAGGAUUUGGAAGGACUCGGGUGUGCAGGCUGCUUACGAGAGAGCUGCUGAGUUCCAGCUCAACGACUCAGCUGGAUACUACCUCGCAGACUUGGACAGAAUUGCCGCCGCUGACUACUUACCCACUGAGCAGGAUGUGCUGCGAUCUCGAGUCAAGACCACUGGUAUCAUUGAGGAAAACUUCUCUUGCAAAGAGCUGAUCUUCAGGAUGUUCGAUGUGGGGGGUCAGAGAUCAGAGAGAAAGAAGUGGAUUCAUUGUUUCGAGGGUGUGACCUGCAUCAUCUUCUGUGGUGCCCUCAGCGCCUACGACAUGGUGCUCGUGGAAGACGAUGAAGUGAACCGCAUGCACGAGUCUCUCCAUCUAUUCAACAGUAUCUGCAACCACAGGUUCUUCGCCACCACAUCCAUUGUGCUUUUCCUCAACAAGAAAGAUCUCUUUGAGGAGAAGAUCAAGAAAGUUCAUCUCAGCAUCUGCUUCCCUGAUUAUGAUGGGCCCAACACAUUUGAUGAUGCCAGCAACUACAUCAAGCAGCAGUUCCAGGAUCUGAAUAUGAAGAAAGGAGUGAAAGAAAUCUACGCUCACUUGACCUGUGCCACAGAUACAAAGAACGUGGAAAUUGUGUUCAAUGCUGUCACAGACAUUAUCAUCAAAGAAAAUCUUAAGGACUGCGGUCUGUUCUAGGCAGUGAUCACAAAAAAGGGAUUUUGCUUCUGGUACUAUGCCUCGAGCACAGCUCUGAGAAGACCCACAGGUUGCACUACUGGCUGUGGCUGAUGCUCACCCAGAAGGCCCAGGUUUCUGUCACCCCUCCGUCCACACCAGUCCGCAUUCAUGCUGGAUAGUGCAAAACAGACUUGACCCGAGACCCAACUCUCCCGGAAACAACACACACCAUUACAGGGGGAUGAUGAAUGUCACUUUGAGAGAAACAUUUUAUAAAAAUGUGGGUACCUCAAAGUAAGACUGCUUGUAGACACAGGUGUAGUUGCUCCCCUCAUCUUUAAGUAAUAGUAUACUUUUGGUGGCUUUAUGAUGGAGAAGUGGUUUUGAUGGUAAUGGCACAUCAGGGCCUGAAAAAAGAAAUCAAUUUUUAUAGUGAUUCUUCCACCUUGUUUUAUGUACAGUACCAUCGAGUGUCUAGUUUGCAAUUUCUUGUAAAAUUGUCAGAAAUUUACCAGUAUCAUAACGCAGAUUACAGACCAAAACAUAUGUUUUUGAUACAUAUGUUAUGUAAUUCAAUAUGUGAAAAGAACUUUUCUCAGAAUCAAACCAAGUAGAGGAUGUAUUUUGUAAAUAAGAGUAGGUAAAUAUUUAUGUCACAAAGGAUAUCUAAUAUAUGUAUAUGUAUAUAUAUAUAUAUAUAAAUAAAAUAUAUGUAUAUAUACAGUUAAGAACAAUAUUAUUCAUCAUUAUUCACUGGUAAACACUGAUUUAAUAUUGAUAUUCUCUGGGCCAAUAUGUUUGUUCUGACUGAAAAUGACACUGACAUAUGCCAAAAGGUUGUAAGAUAAUGUGGUCAUGGAAUCAUUUUUAUAAAAAAAAAUGGCAUGUCCAAAAGUAUUCAUACUUUUUAUGAA